AUGAAGGACCCAAAAGCUUCCCCGAAUACCUUCCACUUCCUCAAUCUUCCACCAGAGCUUCGAAACAGGAUCUACGACAUCAACCUGUCCGUUGGCCGGCCUGUAGUUCUUAACGCCGUCGACCGUGAUAGGCCCUUUCUGGCAUGCUGCGUUUCUGACAGCGAGAGGGACUCCAACGCUGCGUGGUCUCGGUCUUGCUUCAACCCCAAGCUACUGCUCACAUGCCGUAAAAUCAACCUGGAAGCGACGAAGAUCCUGUACGGAAACAACACCUUUUCUUGCACGCUUAUCUGGCGCUUCGUAGCCUGGCUGGAGAGCAUUGGUGGAUCAGUGGUGCAUGUGAGAAAGGUCGACGUUGGAAGUAUCUCUCCUUUAAUGAGAAGCUGGUUACCCACAAAUGCAACACCUGACUUCGAUCGCUUCCUGGAAGUGUUGCAAGAUGCGACUGAGCUCGAACAGAUGAUCCUCGAUGCGAAAGAGGUGAUGAGUAUCUGGCCGAAUCCUCCUGACGCCGCGGAGAAAUUCCGUGGCUUCCUGCUAGCUGUCAAGGAGUACCGCGAAGCGAGCGGCGAUGUCUUCGACAUCAUCUGCUUGAAAGCAUCGGGAUCUGCAACCGAUCCUUACUAUCGCCGAUUUUCAGAGGAGCCAGUUGCGAGAUACCAGAGCCAGAUGCGAGCAAAGCUGCGCGGUACAGCUGAUUGA